AUGUUCAUUACCAUACACCCUCACUUUUAUACCGUCUUCCAGCCACGCUUCCUUGAGAUCCGCGAGGAACAUCCCUUAUGGGCUCUGAAUCAGGUCAUGAAAGUUCGUAUGAGCAUUGAUCAGACAUCUAAUGCAUCUCGUAUCUUGACGACUCAACGUGAUGGGUUCCGCAAGAAUCUGAGGGCCACACGAAUCAUCAAGGAUAUAUCAAGUGCGGACGGAGUAUUUGGCUGGCUAGGAAGGGCAUUCCGACUACUGCUGCAUAAGAUGCCACCUGAAGAGACAUACCUUGCUCGCACUUUCUUCGAGGCACAGAUCAUAGACCUGCGAUUUUGCUCUGGUACAUCAGGAGGACCAAUGCACUGGCAAAUACCACGUCAACCGCACCCAAAGUGUCAUUUUCAGCUUGAUCUUGAUGUCAAACUCUCAGCUCAGUACAAGGGCGAUCUAGCUGCUUGGUUUCGUGAUCUCAUUCGCGUGAACAAGGAGGCCACUUCUAAGACUUAUUGCUGGCGAACUUUGAAUGCACAGGUUUUAUGUGACGGCUCCCCCAAUUUCAUCACUUUGUAUCUUGGAAUUCCUGUGAUGUUGAUAGUCGAGUUCGGUGAUGUCCUCCAUCGCGAUAACAAAUGGAACAUUCCCAAGCACAUAAGGCCCCUCACAAAAGAAGCCGAAGAACAGCAUUCCCUCGUUUACGAUGUGGUUGGCCUUGCCUUUUGUGACCCUACACCAAAGCUGGCACACUUUAUUACUCGCUACUCACUGGAUGGGAAGAGGGUCUACCAUUACGACGACCUUUCUCGUGGAGGAUAUGUACAAUUGUUGAAGAAUGCGACUGUCAAGAGCCAUCUUGUGGGCAAUUUGCACGACAUCCCGGCACCAGGAGGCUUCAAUGUUCAUGGUGUUGUGUAUAGGCUACGUGGUGGCUCUGAUGCGCAGAACUUCUUUGCUGAACAUCAAAUAGCAGCCGCAGAACUGGCUGCUGUUGAUCCAGACAAUCUUAUUUGGCUCAAAAACCCUGCAACUACACAGAAUAUAGAAUACGAGCAGGUGGUAACACUGAACACAGGCAGUAAUUCCAAGAACAAAGCACCACCCCAACACCAAUGUUCUCGCACAAAAACGAAAAAACUUCGGAUCUUGUUGCCGGUAUUGGAAACUGAAGAUCGGCCAUCCAUAAACGAGGGUGAAAAGCCGUCUGACCAGGCCAGCGUACCCGAGCCAAUCGAGGAUCCAUUGGUCCUUCAGGCAUCUGGCAACGAAGAGGAAUCACUGUCCACAUCCAAGAUAAAGAAACCAUUAGAGCUGGACGACGAAGAGAGUGAAGCAUCUGACUAUACAUUUGAUUGUAGGUGUGGGGCUCUUGGCAACGGCCAUGAAGUUGCAGGUGGUCAAAAGACAAUCCGAUGUGAUCUGUGUGAAAAUUGGUCACACAUUGCUUGUCAGAGAGGUGGCCGAGCCAGCAAUCUUCAUCCAAAGGCAGCAUUUUAUUGCGAUGGAUGCUCAACACAGGAGUCAAAAGCACCACCAACCCGCAAGAGCAGCAGGAAAGCCACAACAAAGAAGAAAACGACUCCACUUUACACACGUCUGAUUGCUGGCAAAGGAGCUCUGGCUCGUCUCGGGAAGUAUUGGUAUCCUGUGCGGCUGAUUCAGUCCUAUGACACUGUUAGUCUCCCUGCUAGUGCACGCAACCGAGUACGCUGGCGGGUGGUCUGGUGGCGCGGUUGCAGAUUCCCAUCAAGUUUGGGAUCACCUCCUGGUGAUGUUGAGCAAGGAGAUCUCGUGGAUGAACUUUGGCAGGACCAAGCUAAGAGGCGUGAGAUUCGCCUCGGAGAAUGGAUCCACUCUUGGGAUACUCCUCGCGAAGAAGACUUGAUUCAAAACUUUAUGUCAGCGGAAGUAUCAAAAGAACUGGACGACAUUCUACUACCACAUAUUGCUUCGCUUCAGAAGCUCCUUGACAGUCCAGACUUGAACCAAUAUGGUGCGGAGGCAUACCCCGUGAUAGACUACAUUGUUGAAAGAUUAUAG